UUGUAUGUCAUUGGUAGACAAAGUUCAGUCUGCUAGCAGGCAUCGAGGACGUGUUAUUAAAUUCUGAAAUCUAAGUUUUUAUUGUUAUUUGAUUUAACAUAAAAACAAGUUAUUUUUUGAUUUAAUUAUUAUUUAUUUUAUUAUAUUAUUAAAUAUAAUAAAAAUUGAAAGAUGUCAAAUAUUGUAACGAGCAUAAUUAUAGAAACCCGAAUAUACGAUGGACAAAAGCCGGGUACGUCUGGAUUACGAAAAGCCGUACAGGUUUUUAUGCAAGAACAUUAUACAGAAAAUUUCAUUCAAGCAAUAUUACAAGCUCUUGGAGACAAAUUAUUUGGUAGUACAUUAGUUGUGGGUGGUGAUGGGAGAUAUUAUGUGAAAGAAGCAGUAGAAAAAAUUAUCAAAAUUGCUGCAGCUAAUGGAGUAAAAAGAUUAAUAAUUGGUCAAAAUGGUAUACUUUCAACUCCAGCUGUAUCUACUAUAAUAAGAAAAUAUAAAACUUUAGGAGGAAUUGUCCUCACAGCAUCUCAUAAUCCUGGUGGACCAGAUGCUGAUUUUGGUAUUAAAUUUAACUGUGAAAAUGGUGGUCCUGCUCCAGAUUAUGUCACAAAUAAAAUCUAUGACAUUACUAAAGUGCUCAAGAAUUAUAAAACUAUACCUGAUAUAUCCAUAGAUAUAAGCAAAAUUCAAAGUACUAUAAUACAAGUGGAUGGAAAUUCAUUUAUAGUAGAUAUAAUAGAUUCUGUUAAUGAUUAUUUAGAACAUAUGAAAAAUAUUUUUGAUUUUUCUAGUAUUAAAACAUUAUUACAAGGAAGUAAUGAUCGUCCUCCUUUUAAAGUUCUUAUUAAUGCAAUGAAUGGAGUUACUGGUCCAUAUGUAAAACGAAUAUUUAGUAAUGAAUUAGGUGUUGACAAUUCAAGCAUCAUUAAUGUAAUUCCAUUAGAAGAUUUUGGUGGACUUCAUCCUGAUCCAAAUUUGACAUAUGCUAUAGAUUUAGUAAAUACUAUGAAAAAUGAUCCAUAUGAUUUUGGUGCUGCUUUUGAUGGGGAUGGAGAUAGAAAUAUGAUAUUAGGUAAAAAAGCUUUUUUUGUUACACCUUCUGAUUCAUUAGCUGUAUUAGCUGCCAAUUUAAAUGCAAUACCAUAUUUUAAAAAGACUGGUAUUAAAGGAUAUGCUAGAUCUAUGCCAACAGGUGCUGCUGUAGAUAGAGUUGCAGCUAAAAAUGGUAUUAAAUUUUAUGAAGUACCCACAGGCUGGAAAUAUUUUGGAAACUUAAUGGAUGCUGGUCUUCUAUCACUUUGUGGAGAGGAAAGUUUUGGCACUGGUUCAGAUCAUAUUCGCGAGAAAGACGGAAUAUGGGCUUGUCUUGCAUGGCUAAGUAUAAUUGCAAAUCUUGGAAAAUCUGUAGAAGAUAUAUUAUUAAAUCAUUGGCAAACAUAUGGAAGGAACUUUUUUACAAGAUAUGAUUAUGAAAAUUGUGAUUCUGAAGCAGCAAAUAGAAUGAUGCAACAUAUUGAAUCAGAAAUACAAAAACCUGAAUUUAUAAAUUCAAAAUUAAUAUCUGAAAAUAAAGUAUAUAUUGUAAAAUUAAGUGACAAUUAUUCUUAUGUAGAUCCUGUUGAUGGAAGUCAAGCUAGCAAACAGGGACUAAGAAUUUUAUUUCAAGAUGGUUCUCGUAUAAUUUACCGUUUAUCUGGUACAGGAAGUUCUGGAGCUACUAUUCGUGUAUAUGUUGAUAGCUAUGAAGAUGAUCCAAAUUCUUUAAACAAAGAUGCUCAAGAAAUUCUUAAACCAUUAGUUACUAUUGCGUUAAAAAUAAGUAAUUUACGUGAAUUUACUGGUCGUGAUGCACCAACCGUGAUUACCUAAUACAUAAUUCUUAUCAUUAACAAUUACAUUAUCAUUAAAAAUAUACUAUAUAAUAAGAAAAAAAAAAUAAAAAAUCAUAU